AUUCGACUCCGGGCAUCGAUCAUGAACGCUGCAAACCUCUAUUUAGCCCUUCUGUUUACAGCGUCUGCGGCAUGGAAUAUUACAAGAGAAGACGAAAAUACCACAAAAUUGGAUUCAAAAAAUACUGUGCACGAAAAACAAGCACCAAGGAGUAACGUCUAUACAGUUACUGUUCUUGUUCCAAUUGCGUGCGGAAUUGUAUUAGCCGUUAUUAUAGUCGGAAUGGCUUUUGUAAUGAAAACGUGUAACGAAAAAACGAACGGGACGAAAAGCGAGGAAGAGCAGCAGCAGGAAGUCGAAGAGACAGUGGACGUUGAUCAAGUUGUCUUGCUUGCAGAUAGCUCGGACGAGGAGAGUUUAUAUUGAUAAACAAUCAUUUCCAUUUUUAUAUAGCACAUCAUAUACCUCUUUUUCUUGGGCCUAUGUACCUGUAAAAAGUACUGUAAAUUAUUUGUACAAUUAUAUUACUUUAAUUUAACUGUAAAUUCAUUUUUUAAGUCCAUGUUAUUUAAAAUACUUAUAUUUAUGUGAAUACUAGUGUACAGAGUAUAUUGAACAUAUUUUAAUAUUUGAUAUUUAUUUACUAUAGCAUUUCAAUGAUACUGACUAUUAAAAGCAAAAUAUUUGUACAAAGAACUUGUAUAUAGACCUAUAAAAUAUUUUCAUACAAAGAACAUCAUACAAAAAAUUGCCUGAAAACGGCUAAAGACACAAGAAUUAUUUAAUAAUAAAAAUAGUAAAAUUCUA